UGUUGCAUCGCUUUCACAAUUCUGGCACGUUCGGUUGACCGGGUGCCAACACGACGUUUUUUGCAGCUCAGUUGGCAUGGAGCCUCCAGUUGCAGGCACGUAUGCUGAGGAUAGGCUAGCGCAUGACGAGGUCCCGUCACUGCCGUCGCUUGCUUGUAGUGGCGAUGGCACCACCAUCCUAGCCUCAUCGUCGUUUCGGCUUGCCCGACCGAGCUGGAUCGCCACGACAAAGGUGCCCAUUCAUCGCAAAGUUAUCCACCCCGCGAGCGAGUGGAAGGCGGAGCUGCUGUUGCCUCUGGCCCGACCGAUCGCGCAGCUCGAAGUGAUGACCAAGCCCAAAGUGAUCCAGCUCUUGGUCGUGUACUACCUGUUUGCGUUUGCAUUUUUGCCCAUCAUCGCGCUGGACACGUCGUCCACUGUGGUGGCCACUUCGCCCUUCUCGUGCACAGGCGACGGAUGCCGCCAUGUGCUCGCUCACACCCGCGUGUCUCCUUUCUGCACGCACAUGUCGCUGGUCGUGUCGGCUCUUUCCCCGGCGUUGGUGGCUUUGGCUUCUGACGCCCCCCCGUUUGCCACGGCCACGCUCUCGAUAGAAUCGAUACACAAUGGACCGUCGCAGUCGCAGUCGUUUACGAAUUGGACCACCACGACCACCUCGUCCGGAAUCACGACGGUGGAGAGUCCGCCCUUUGCCGUCGACUACGACACGUUGUUCGGCGUGGACAUCAACCUCUACUCUGCCGUGAACGUCGACCUUGCCCUCGACUCGUCGCGGCACGUCCCGCCGCUUGAAACGCUCACCAUGACGUGGCACCAGUAUUUCGUCUCGCCCUACGUCACCUUGUACUGUUCGAGCACGGUCAUGGCUGUCGACGUGGUGUCCCUUGGCUACUUUGUGCACCGCGUGCGGAUGUUCCGGAGCUCGCAGCCCCACGUGUCGCUGCCCCAGUGGUGGUGGAUUCCGUGCCUGCUCCUUUCGCUCAUGCUGCAAAUCCAGAUCCCGUUUGCUAUCGCCCAAUUCGUGUUUACGAUGGCGGGGGCGGCCAUGCCCCAGGCGCUGUUGCAGCUCAGCUUUUGGCUGUACCUUGUGGGCAAGAACACGACUCGGUUCUUUGUCUUGUGCUUUGCCGACGGGAUGGACCGCACGUCCGACAACACCCUCAAUACAUCGGACAAGAAUAGCACCGUUCGGUUUUACGUGGUCAAAGCGGCCACCGUGGCCGUCCUCACGAUCGCCCAGGGGGUCAACUACGAGUGGGUGCUCAGCCAACAUGUCACAGAUGUACUAGUGCUCGUGAUCACGGUACUGGAAUUCUGUACCCAGGGCGUGAUGGUAUUGUGGUACUGGGUGCGUCGAGGGCGGGAGAUUCGAACAUUUCCGUACAAAACAGCAAAGUUCCGGUAUGUUACGUAUGGCGUGCUGUCGUUUUUGGUGGUACCGGAGGCGAUCGGGUCGUUGAUCACGUUGAUGAAACGGACGACGGGGACGCACUCGACCCCGACCGCGAAAAGCCUGGCGUGGCUGGCGGCGCUUGUUCGGUUGCAAGCAUUUGCGUGGAUGGUGCUCAAGUGCUACCUCCCCCUCAAGGCGUCCCAACUGUUGCAGACAUCCCCCGAGCACCGGUCUGUAGCUCUAGACGACGAAGCGGAUGGUGCCCCCUCCUCGGCCUUCCGAACGUUCAAUCUCACGACCGCCGUGACGAUGCUUAAUUGCAGCGUCACGUGUUACUUUGACGAUGGUUCAUCGGGUUCCCCCGAUCUUGGCAUCCCCAUGACAACGGAAAGCUCGAGCCGAGGGGGUCUUCCCCCCACUUUCCCUCGACAGCCCCCGUCUCCAUCCUCGUUUGGACGCCUUGGUCACGACAUCAUCCACCCAACUGCAUACAACAUAUCGGUCCUCCAGGUGUUCCACGACGCCGUGACCGACACGAACGCCUUGUUAUUGCACGAUCGAGAAUCCGACCGGUACAUUUUGAGCUUUCGGGGCACGGGGAGCCUGAAGAACGGCCUGACGGACCUCAAGUCUCGGCAAGUGUUGUUUCCUGGCAUGCAGUUUAAAGCCCAGCGGGGCGACUUGAAGCGGCGAUACCACCGCAGCGACGUAUAUGUCCAUGUGGGGUUUCUGCAGGCGUACAUGGCGCUGCAAGUCGACCUCCACGACGCCGUGCGUCGGCUUCCCCGACCGACCAACCAACCGCUGCAGCUGUUUUGCACGGGCCAUAGCCUCGGGGGGGCACUCGCUACUUUGUGUGCGCUCGAUAUGGCGCUAGCCCAACCAAACGUGGCUGUAACCAUGUACAACUUUGGCAGUCCGCGCGUUGGCAACCAUACGUUUCAAAUGUUGUUCAACGCAACCGUCUGUGGGUUUCGCGUUGUGAACGACGGCGACGUGGUAACGCAACUGCCCAAACGCGACUACACGGGCGUGGAUCGAAGCGGCGUGGGCAUUUACAAACACGUGGGCGUGGAAGUGGUGCUGCUGUCUCCCGGCCGCCAAGUCGACGGCCACCAUUCAUUUCGAGGAAUUGUGGUCGCCCCCACGAUCGUCGAUCGAGUGUUUGUGUUGGCCAUGCGGACCAAGUUGUCCAGUCAUGGGCUGGAGAGCUAUCGCCAGAGCUUCCGAUCGCUGAUUGCCCACGAACCAGCCUUUGAUGAGGCUACGUUGAUUAGUUAUCUGAACGAUGCAGACAAAAACCAAACGGGUCACGACACUGCCGUGAAUCGAGUUGCCCCGAAAGGAAUGACAUAUGACGACGAAGUUGAAGAAGACGACUUGACUGACGGGGACGACACGUCGAUGCUGCCUACAGAAAUGCUAGAAGUGUUGGUCGAUGUCGUGCAAGAACAAGUGCAAACAACUGUCAUACGCGACGACGAAUAGAGGAUAAAGCUUUAUCCCUUGAAAGGUUCAUGAAUGAAGGCUUUUCUUC